UUGUUUUUUAUUAAACGUAUCGACAUAUUUUUAAUUAAUAUCCAAUCAGACUAUUUAAUUUGUUAAAAUGACUGAAGACAACAUAUCAAAUAGCAGCGAAUCAGAUAUUGCGACUUUCGAAAUAAAGAACGAUCUUCAGAAAGCUAUUGUUGAUGCAUUUUCAUUGUUUACAAAUGACAAUGACAAUGACAAUAUUAACAGCAUAUCAAUUACUGAUUUAGGCAAGGUUAUUCGUUAUUUGGGAUGUGUCCCAACCGAAGAAGAAUUGAAUGAAUUCACAAACAUUGUGGAAAGUCAAAGUGAACCGAGUACCGUCGAUAUGAAUGUAUUUGUACCACAUAUGGAGAAACAAAUAAGGGCAUUUAAGUAUAAACCGGCAACGGCGGACGAAUUGCUGCAGGCAUUUCGCACUUUAGACACGGAAAGUAAAGGCUCGUUGUCUGUGGAUUUUAUGCAACAAGCGCUCCGCGAAGGCGAUUCAUUAGAUCCUGAUGAUAUUACCGAAGCAAUUAAGACCGCUUACAACCCCGAUUUCCAGUGUAUACAUUACGACAUAUGGAUCCACAAGUUAUUGGGCAAGACCAAAAUGGACCCGUACGCUAUAGCCGCCAAAGAUGUCGAAUUGACUAACCAGGCAAGGGCGGCCGAGGACGGAGAACUGAACCGACUGUUAUUAUUGUCCAACGAGAAUAUUGAUAUCGACCCGGCUGCAGCGGCUGUAUAAUAUUAGAAUAUUAUAACUGCUAUUCAAAACCAAUAAAAAUAUAUUACGACUCUAAUGUUAUAAACGUGUAUCGAUAUCGUAUUAUAAAUACGUAUACUGCGCACGU